AUGUCGGGCAUCCUCGGUGGUCUCUACAAGUACGAUCGAAUCUGGUGCCGUCCACGGAAGAACACCAAUGGCUAACGCAAGAGCCUGCAGCACCAUCGUGAAGCGAAACUUCGUAUUCCUGGGCACCAUCUUCGCCGGUGCCUUUGUUACUGAGAUGUACGCAAGAGAAAGAGCAUGUGGAGCCAAACAAAUAUACUGACAGGUCUCAGUGCCUUCGACACAGCCGCAAACUCGAUCUGGAACCGGAUAAACCAGGGCGUACGUAGACGAAUGACCAUCCAUUCCUCGCACACAAUACGCUGACUUUACUACAGCGACAAUGGCAGGACAUCAAGUACCGAUAUAUGCAAGCUGGUGAUGACGAGGAUGGGGACGACGACGACGAAUGA